AAUAGAGACAUGUGAUGUAGGGGAAUUCCAAGAGCUGCAGCUAAAAUUCUUUUAGCAAAGUGCAUGUCAAUUUCACCAUAGUGGUUUUCACAGAUAAAAAUAAGUUUUAAGAAGGAGAAUGGCUGAAUAUAACUACAGGAGGUUUGAAAAACUGGCUGAGUGGCUAGCUCGACGCUCAACCCAGCACGGAUGGAAAGUGUGCUCGGGGGUGGCCUGACUUGGAUUCAAACUCGGGAGCCUUCGCUCCGGAGUCCAGUGCUGAUGCCAUUGCUAUACACAGCAGCGAGAAGAGAGCAUGGCCUGGAUGAAGGGGACCCUUGAAGACGGAUGCUGCCUUCUUGUGGACGAACUCUUGUGGAAGUGCUCAAAGGAUCACAUAGCAGAUGUGCACACAGGAUUUGAAAAUCAGGAAGCAAAGAUGAAUACGGGAAUGUCAGGAAAGUUGAAAACAUCAAAUGAGAAGUGUGAAGCCAAAGGGUUCGAAGUGAAGAACCACUGCUUCUUCAGCACAGUCGGCUGCAGGUUCAAGGGAGGAAGAUCAAAGAUUCAGGAACAUGAAGCUGGAUCUGUCAGACAACACCUUAACCUUCUAAUGAAUCAACUUGCAAAGCUCAGCCAGGCGGCAGCCCUUGCUAACUUGCCACCAGAAAUGUCAAGAACGUUGACGCUGCUGGAAGGAGAAACUGAUAAAGUACAACUGAGGGUCAAAUCUCUUCAAAACGAUCGUCAGAUAAAGGAAAUCUGCAAAGAACUGCAAGAGUUCUGCAAGCGCCUGGAGGCAACAGAGCGGAGUGCAACAAUUGUUGAGACCAAGUUCGCCGCCUUUGAAGAGAAAGUGACAUCUGUGCCAAAGAAGAUUAACGAAUUCUCAAGGACUGUAGCCUCUUUGAGCAGACAGACAGAGAGCAAUGAGCAAGUAUUUACUGAUGUCGAAAAUAAGGUGGCAAUCCUCGAGUCGAGACUGGAUCAAACAGAGCAGGCAAUACAAGGCUGUACUGCAAAAAUCAUGGCACUGGAAACCAUGACGCAUUGCGGCCUGUUCAUCUGGAAAAUCCCACAAAUCAAAAGAAGGCUUCAAGAAGCCAUUGAUGGAAUAAGGCCAUACUUGGAUUCCAGUGAAUUUUACUUCUCCACAUAUAGUUAUAAGAUGUGUCUACGAAUCUACCUGAAUGGCCAUGGAGACACGAAGGGAACACACAUUUCACUUUAUUAUAUUUUACUCAAAGGACAAUAUGAUGCCUUGACUCAGUGGCCUUUUAAAGAAAACGUGAAACUUGCUAUACUAAAUCCAAGGGAUCGACACCAGUCCAUUCUGAAGAUGUGCACUCCAUGUAGCCAGGAUCCAGCUUUACAAAGGCCUGUGGAAAGAAUGAACGCACCGUGUGGUUUCUCCAUGUUUGUGACAGUGUCUGAAUUCAAUCAGUUCAUCUCCGAGUGUGUGGACAAUGAUGAAAUGUUUGUAGGUGCAGAGAUUGUCCCUGCAGGCAGACCACAGGAAUCUAUACAGUAGAUGAGCCAAAUGUUAGGGAGAUGGUUACUAUUUGGCAUUGUGUAAUUUAUACCAUAGGUAGCAUGUGACAUAAAUUCAGUAGCCACUUUAUUAGAUACACCUGUACACCUGACCAUCAAUGUAAAUACCGAAUUAGCCAAUCGGGUGGCAGCAAUUCAAUGCAUAAAAACAUGCAGGCAUGGUCAAGAGGUUCAGACCAAAUAUCAGAAUGGGGAACAAAGGUAAUUUAAGUGACUUUGACCAUGGAAUGAUUGAUAGUAUCGGACAGGGUGGUUUGAGUAUCUCAAAACUGCUGACUUCCUGGGGUUUUUCUCGCACAACACUCAGGAGUUCACAGAGAAUGGUGAGAAGAGAUAUCCAGUGCGCAGAGUUCUGUGGGUGAAAAUGUCUUGUUAAUGAGAGAGGUCAGAGGAGAAUGGCCAGACUGGUUCAAGCUGACAGGAAGGCGGCAGUAACUCAAGUAACCCAGCAUUACAACAGUGGUGUGCAGAAGAGCAUCUCUGAAUGCAGAACCUGUCGAACCUUUACAUGGAUGGGCUACAGCAGCAGAAGACCAUGAAUGUACACUCGGUGGCCACUUUAUUAGAUACAGAUGGUACAUAAUAAAGUGGCCACUGAGUGUAUAAAAUAUAGACCUUUAUCGUUCUUUCUUCUGCACUGAAUUAGUAUCAGAACUUACGUCAUAGGAAAUGAAAUAACUAGACUACAACAGUUUAUGCUCAUAACAGGACCCCCCCCCCCUAACCUUUCUGACGUCAGGGACUAUUUCACUGAGUCCCUGACAGCAACCUAUACCAAUUUCCUCCAUAAUUCCUCCCAAUGACUAUUUCAUUCCUGACAACUUCAAAAGACUAUAGGCGUUUGCACAUGUGACCAGUCACAAAUAUGGUCACAUGUGGAAAAGCUGCUGAAAUUCCAAAAUCUGAAGAUCUCUGACAUCCUAAAUUUUCUGAGCAUUGAUCUGACAUGACAAAUGGAAAAUUCUACGAGGCGCUGAGAAGGCUCCCUGGCUGUGCGCAGGUCCUGCACACUGCUAGCAACUCUAAGAAGAGACCUCGCAAUAUGUAAUGAAAGAACUUAAUGAAAAAUAGGAAAAAUGCUACAUAAAGCCAAAAAAAGAUCUCAGUUGUGUAUCGAAAGAGUAGAUUCAUCAACGGCAGUGUGAACGCACAGUAUGCCGCUUAACGUUUCACUGAUAAUUAAACAAGCACAGAU